CUCAUUGUCCCCUCUGACUCUCUAGCUAGUCUCAGCCUAAAACCAAAGCGUACGGGCAAGGCAAAUUUCUCUGCUCUCCGCUUUGGAAAAUCAACGGAAGAAAUUCCUCAUAAAUAAUAUUCUGAAUAUGUUUAUCCUCUCUGCUACGCCAUCCUCCACAUUUUCCAUCUCCACAGCCACCGCACAUAGGGUUUCUUUAUCGUUCUCUUCUUCUUGUUCUUCUUAUAUUGCUGCUUCCAGUCUUUGCUCGCUCUCUGUGCGAUUCGGUGUGCGGAGGCCUGUUUUUCCGUGUCUUUCUCACUGUUUGAAUAUGAGAGCCAUGGCGGAGAUAGUUCGGGACAAGGAGUCUACUGACAAGAAUGUCGCCCAUGCGGCGUCCUCGCCCGAAGAAAGGAGGAACGAGCCGAGCCUCUCCCGCACCUUUCUCCAUGCCAGCUCCGAAGAAGAGCUGCUGGCAGGAAUCAGGAAGGAAAGAGAAGCAGGAAAACUGCCUCCAACUAUUGCUUUAGGGAUGGAAGUAUUGUACCACAAUUAUAAAACCGCGGUGUUUGAAAGUGGAAAUCCAAGGGCUGAUGAGAUAGUGUUGUCAAAUAUGACUGUUGCACUGGAUCGCAUGUUCUCUGAUGUUGAGGAACCUUUUGAUUUCUCACCAUAUCACAAAGCACUGAGAGAGCCUUUUGACUACUACUUGUUCGGUCAAAACUACAUUCGUCCUUUAGUUGAUUUCAGAAAUUCGUAUGUUGGCAACAUUUCCCUGUUCUAUGAAAUGGAAGAAAAGCUUCAGCAGGGUCACAAUAUUGUCUUGAUGUCAAACCACCAAACUGAAGCAGACCCGGCUGUCAUUGCAUUGUUGCUUGAAGCAACAAACCCAAGUAUUGCUGAGCGCAUGACCUAUGUAGCAGGUGAUAGAGUUUUGAUAGAUCCUCUUUGCAAGCCCUUCAGCAUGGGAAGGAAUCUUAUCUGUGUAUACUCGAAAAAGCACAUGAAUGAUGUCCCUAAACUUGUUGAGAUGAAAAGAAAAGCAAACACGCGAAGUUUGAAGGAAAUGGCUUUGCUUUUAAGGGGUGGAUCACAAAUUAUAUGGAUUGCACCAAGUGGUGGGAGGGACCGACCAUAUCCUCAAACACAAGAAUGGUACCCAGCACCCUUUGAUGCUUCUUCAGUGGACAAUAUGAGAAGGCUUGCUGAACAUUCUGGUACUCCAGGGCAUAUAUACCCACUGGCAAUAUUGUGUCAUGACAUAAUGCCGCCGCCACCCCAUGUAGAAAAAGAGAUUGGGGAGGAAAGAGUCAUCUCGUUUCAUGGAGUUGGUGUAUCAGUGGCACCGGGCAUCAACUUCUCUGAAAUUUCUGCUGCCUGUGAAAAUCCUGAAGAGCAGGCUAAGGAGGCAUACACACAAGCGCUCUAUAAUUCUGUGACCGAGCAAUAUAAUGUGCUAAAAUCUGCUAUACAUGGCAAACAAGGACUGCAGGCAUCUAUUCCGGAUGUCUCUUUGUCACAACCAUGGAAUUCGUGAAUCUUUUCUAUUAGGCUGAGACCUUGGUGUUUCAACAUAACGUUUCUGCUCAAUCGAAUGGCUGCCGGCCCUUUGAAACAACUCUACAGUGUGAGAGGAAACCUAUCACUCCAUGUCUGUUGAUGACUCGAUGGAAAUUCUGCCAUCUAUCACUUGGUCUUUUUCUCUGGGGUAUGUUCAAGUACAGCUGAAUUCAUCAGAAUCUGGAACGGUCAGAAUUUCAAUUUUGCGGCAUUAGGCAGUAGGGGGAGUGCAGGUUCAGGUAUUUAUUGUUGUAUAGACAUGCUUCACAUUGUUUAGGGAAAAAAAAACUCGAGACAGUUGCUAUAGUUAAUUAUAUGUACUGUUACAUUUUUAUAAUUCCUCUUUGUAUUAAGAGAUCUUUUCACAAUAAAGCCAUACACCUGGAGUGAUUGAAAAUAUCAAUUAGAAGACAUGAGUCGAACUAAAUUUGAU